ACUGUGUUUUUAGCUGCAACAUAAUCUUUUCUGUUUUCUGGCUGUCCAUUAGAAAUGGUAAUGAAAAAUGGCUCAAGGUUUAUUCAGCCUCAGUGUAACCUUUCUCUUUCUCAGGAAAUAAAAGUUCUUCAACUCCAUUUUCAGCAGAGGAUAGUUCAGUUCCUGGCAUCCUUUUAGAAGCUUUGAAGUUGACCUUCAGAUAGGAUCCCACCCAGAGUUUUGCAAGAUGAUACAAAACAGGGCAACAGAAGCAAAAGAGUUACUAGCAGGCCUGGUGGUUAUAAAAAUGUUUACGAAGUAAAAAUAAUUCCUGUGUGCUUUGUUUAUAUUUUAUCUAGUCAGCAAAGUUUAAUGAUGGAGUAAUGAGAAGAUACAAGCCAAAAGAGAUUAAAGGAGCCUCCCGUCCCUUUGCCUCUGGUCAGGAGAAGUCCCUGCCAGGCAUGGACCCAGGCCCACUGCUGGGGACUCUUCCAGCUGAGCGGCUCUCGCCCGCGGGCGCAAAGGCGACCGAAUCGAUCGUUCGUUCCCACUUUCGCUGUUCCUGUGGCAGAAAAGGGAAAGCCAACUCAAAACGCAACAUCAGAAACACCAAGAUCUCGAGGAAAAUAGGGAUUUCAUCCAUUCCUUGAAGCAAAGGAGAGCAACCUGCACAGACUUUCCCAUACCUCUGUUAUGAGACUGCUGAUUUUGUAAGCGCUCUGCAAGUAUAGAUGACCUCUUCAAAGAGCCUCCUGGAGAAUCAACUUCAUGUGCCAGUAGCUUGUCUGGAUUUUCAAAUUUGUUACAUCUGUGGUCAUGAACUUGUCUUCCAGUAAACACUGAAUCAGAAAUGCUUGGAAGGAGGAGGUCAUGGAGAUAAAAAAACAGGUUUCAACACCCAGUGUAUCAGAUCUUGCCACAAUUUUGCCAGACAUAGUGCAUCUAGAACCUGGCCCCAAGAAAAGACGACGAGGCACUGCAAUAAUAUCAAAAUACUCAGAUUCUUCAAACAUGUCUCAGACUCCACUGAAUCGACCAGUCAUCCCACCAAGAAGACCUGGUUUUAGAGUGUGUUACAUCUGUGGCAGAGAAUUUGGGUCCCAGUCUAUUUCCAUACAUGAACCCCAAUGUCUAGAAAAGUGGCGUAUUGAAAAUGAGCAACUACCAAAGCAUCUCCGAAGAGCAGAGCCCAGGAGACCUGAUGCUCCUGUUCGUGGUUCCUGUAUGCUUACAGCUGAAAAUGAAGCAGCAUAUCAGAGUGCUCAAGCCCAGCUCCUGCCUUGUGAAAAUUGUGGCCGUACCUUCCUUCCUGAUCGUCUCACUGUGCACCGAAGGAGUUGCAAAGGAAAUAGCAGUGGUGUGGGGCUGUCAAAUUCUAAACCCUAUAAAUCUAGUAAAGGCCCAAGCUUUGGGUCCAGCUCAGCAAGUACUGGUCUGUCUGGUGAAAGUCAACAGAAGAGUAGGGCUGCACCAGCCAUGUCAGACAAGCCACCAGUGAUAAGACGGCCACCAACAAUUAUUUGUUACAUAUGUGGCCGUGAGUAUGGAACAAAAUCUAUUAGUAUCCAUGAGCCACAAUGCCUGAAAAAAUGGCAUCAGGAGAACGACAUGCUACCCAAGCAUUUGAGAAGGCCAGAACCCAAAAAGCCUGAAGCCAGUUACGUACAAGCCAAAGGUUUCUAUGAUCUUGAUUCUGUAAACGAGGCUGCCUGGACCAGCGCCCAGAACCAGCUAGUUCCAUGUGAUAUUUGCAGGCGUACUUUCCUUCCAGACAGACUGAUCGUCCACCAGAAAUCAUGUAAACCAAAACCUGCAAAGUAAAGUGGAUGUAACACACAUGCGUACAUAUGCAUGCACACUCACACACAUGAGUGUGUGUGUAUGCAUGAGUACACACACACGCACACAUAAUUU